AAUCUUCAAAAGCAGAAACAUGUGGAGUCAGAAUUAUAGAACAGUUUGGGUUGGAAGAGACCUUAAAGAUCAUCUAGUUCCACCCCCCUUACUGUGGUAGGGACAUCUUUCUCUAGUCCAGGUUGCUCAGGGCCCCAUCCAACCUGGCCAAGGAUGGGGCAUCCACAGCUUCUGUGGGCAACUUCUCACCACCCUUACUGCAGAGAAUUGAUUCCUAAUAUCCAGUCUAAAUUUACCCUCUUUCAAUUUAAAGCCAUUCCUCUUUGUGUCCUGACACUACACGCCCUUGUAAAAAGUCUUCCUCCAUUUAUAGGCUUCCUUUAGACGAACAUGCUACUAGAACAUGCUGCAAGAUCUCUACAGAGCCUUUUCUGCAGGCAGAACAACCUGAAUUGUCAGCCUUUCCUCAUAGGAGGGGUUUUUAAUCCUUCUGAUCAUCUUUGUGGCCUCCUGUGGGCCCACUCCAGUAGGUCCAUGUCCUUCCUGUGCUGAGGAUCCCAGAGCUGGAUGCAGCACUGCAGGUGGGGUUGGUGGGGGUCCCAGCAGAGCAAAGCAGAGGGGCAGAAUCCCUUCUCUCACCCUGUUGCCCACGCUGCUUUGGGUGCAGUACAGGACACAUUUACCCAUUGCUGGCUCAUGUCCAGCCCCUCAUUUGCCCCAGGUCCUCCUCAGCAGGGCUGUUCCCCAUCUGUUCAUCCUUUAGCCUGGAUUUGUGUUUGGGAUUGCCCUAAGGUGCAUCACCUUGCACUUGGCCUUGUUGAACUUCUUGAGCUCUGCACAGACCCUCUCCUCAAGCCUGUAGAGGUCCCUGUGGAUGAUGAUGUCCCUGUGGAUGGUAUCCCUUUGCUCCAGUGCAAUGACUGCACCAACUUGCUGAAGGUGCCCUUGAUCUGAAGGGGUUGCUGUCCAUUCUGUCGGAUUGAAAGUGCUUUGGGGUAUUUAAACAACUCAGAUAUGUCCUAUUCCCACACACAAGAAUUUAGAUAUUGGUAACUUUUCCUCCUUGAGUUAUCUAACCACUGAGUUAUCUAAUAGUGAUGUUUAAGAGCAGUGUUUGUAAUGAUUUAUUGGUAUUUCCAGCAGGUUCUGCAGCCUGUCUUUCCCUAGUGCAACUGCUAACACUGUUGUGUAAUACCAUUCACUCUGUGCAUUCAUCCUCAGGGUUGUUUCUGUGGCAUCUUCGGUACGGUCAGAGCACGUGGGUGAUAGUUCUAACACUGAAGAUAAAUUAGCAGUGUAUUGGCUGGCAGUGAAAACUAGAACAGGACCUUUACACCUCUGCCAGGACUUUGAUCCGGCAUUGCACAUUCCACUUUAAAUUUACAGCAUUUUAAGCUGCCAAAUGAUGAUGACUAACUACUUAAUCCUUUUUUAACUUUUUUAUCCAUUUGAAUUCUGAGCAUGAGUUUCCCUCCUGGGACUGUUUCUUGAUUUCCUGGAUGGCCCAGGUGGUUGAUGAAUGGAAGUUACUGGUGUUUGUCCAUCUGCUACAGCCAGAGUGACUGAAGUGCAGUUGGGAAGAAAAAAUUUAAGAUGACUGGUGAAACACACUUAGGAUGCAAAAGAUGUGGAGCAUCUAUCAGAAGAGGAGAGUUGUGCCUAAAUAUGGAUCCUCCACUCAACAGAACCCAAUGACCUUAAUUUCCAGGAUUGCAAAACUGAGUUUGCAAAACUGGGAAUCAGCAGGCUGCUGGGCAGGAGUUGUAUCAGCAGCUGGAAAUACAAGGCAAGAGGAAGAAAUGUUUCCUUCUAGCCCUGGCUCUCCACUUUAUCCCUGCUUUCCCCUGUGUGGGCAUACACUGGAGUCGGCAGGCAAUUAGAAAGUUCUCUCAUGACUUACCUCUCCUGGCUCUGGCUUUUCACUUCCUGUUGCUGGGGAAACUGCAGUCCCAAAUCCCUUCCCCUGGGCUCAGUGGUGCUGCCAGAGCACUGCAGGCAAGCAGAGUUCUAGGAGAUGCACCAUCAGAAAGGCAGGAUUAACUAGCAGCAGAGCAGGGCUGGGCACCAGCGCGGUCACAAAGGGCCUGAGAGCAGCAGGAGCUGCCAUGGCCGUGGCUGUACAGCCCUUUCCCAGGCUGAAACUAUCUGACAAGUGCUGACUGUGGAAAAGUAUUGAUGGUGAUGCUCAGUAAAGUGCACAAGGGUUAGAAAUCAUUCCAGGUGCUGGCUCAGAGAGGCUGCAAAGAAGGCACUUUUACAGCACUGGCCCUGAGGCACCUUCAGCCCAGCUGGAGCUUGUCUCCAUCUCUGGAAAGUGCUGUGGCUGGGGGUCCAAAAGCAACAAAUCAGUGCUGGCAAGUUGUUUGAAGAGCCUGGAGGGUGCACGUCCUCACCAACCCUCCUCUUUGUAGAUAUUGUUCAGGCAGGGGACUGUCCCAAAUAUUUAGAGGCCAUGAUGGGCCCUUUGUUGGACACCUAUGGAAUACGUGGCUUGGGGGCAGAGUCCAUGCCUUUGAAAUGUGUGAAGUAGGACUUGGUGUCUGGGUGCUCAGUGAACAUCCUGUUGAGGAAAGAGAGACAUCCUGACUUGUGAACCAAGAAAGGAAUCCUUGUGUGCAAGAGCAAAUCAACACUUUGAGUCGAGACAUGAUUUUAUUACAAAUCUGAAGAACAGGGUGCCACACCAGGCCUUUUCCAACCUUUUGGAAAACAACCAGAGUCCUUUUUACAAAAAGGUUAGUCCUGAAUGCUGCUCUCAUGAUUAACAACAUUCAGUACACGGCCAGCAGUGACUCUAACAUGAUCAUUAACUAAUAAGGAUGACAGUGCUGAGUUUUCUUGCACUGUAUCCACCUAACCAAGAGUUUGUAUUGGGGGAGGCUGGUGUUCAGCAGAGAAACUUGACAUCCUUAGUAAAGGGGAAGAAAGCCAACUCCACAAACCCCAGCCCACCCUGAACCAUCAGUGUGCUAUCAGCAUCAUUCUGGAGCCAAACCACACACCAACAUAAGGGCUGCUAUGAAGAAAGUUAACUCCACCUCAGCCAGACCCAGCACACUGCAGGACUGCAUCCUUUUUGUGGACAAAUUUAGGCUCAUGAAGCCUUCACAGUGCUCAACUUUUGCACAGGUGCUGCAGGCAGGAGGAAAGAGAUCAGCUUUUAGAGAUGUAGAAAAUAUCGUGCCCAAAUCAGAGAUGCAGAGUACCAGGGCUGGACAGAGGCAUCAGGCAGCAGCAUAUGCACUGUUCAUAUCUGUAAUGUUACAAUCUGGCAUUUAUAUCUGCCCAACUGAUGAGACUGAAACACCCAAUCAUUUAAUGGAAACAGCACUCCCACAGGUUUUAGACACAAGCCCCUAGACUGGGUCACUCAACUCCCUUGUCUAGGAUACUGGAGCUUUAAUUACAUAGAGUUUAUAUAAAUCAUGUUCUGAAGAAAACAGAAAUCCACUGAAUAUCACCCCCAGCAGAAUUAAACCUGGACUCCAAAUAAAGUGACCUGAUGUCAGAGAAAGAGAAGAUAUAGCUGCAAGACAACAUCAGGCUAAAAUAAACAGCUAUGGGCUGCUUUAUGUGGAAGUUAGACACCAGUCCAGAGGCUUUCCAUCAAAACACAGCUAUAUAUCUGACACCUCACCACAGUCAUCACCCUAUGGAGACCAGACUUCUAACAUGAAGGAAAUGUUUGAAAUUAUGAAAGAGAUGGACAACAAAAAAACAAAGGAAAUGUUUGAAAUGAUAAAAGAGAUGGACAAUAAAAAAAUGAAGGAAGUGCUCGAAAUGGUAAAAGAGAUGGACAAUAAUAAAACAAAGGAAAUGUUUGAAAUGGUAAAAGAGAUGGACAACAAAAAAACAAAGGAAAUGUUCGAAAUUAUGAACGAGAUGGACAACAAGAACACAAAGGAAAUACUUGAAAUGAUGCAAAAGAUGGACAACAAAAUAAUAACUUUGUCUGACACUGUUCACACUCUACUUCACCUUCUGGAUAGUCACAACAGAGCACUUCCUGAGAGGGUAAUCCAAAUACUGCAUAAGGAGAAAGAGGAAAAUGAGAUGCUGAAAGAGAAGACCAAAAAGCUAGAGGAAAGAAUCCAAGAGCUGCUGGCUAAAGUGAUGGCCAUGCACCAGCACUCUGAGGACAUCAAUGACCCUUCACGUUUGUCUGCUGUGCUGGAGAGAUACGAGAUGCUGAGGCUGCAGGAAUGGGAGAAAGUCAGGAGCUCCAUGCCCCACCGCUGGACCUAUGAAGAAGGCAGUUGCACCAUUAGGAAGGUGUUUGAUGCCUGUGAAAAAGAUAUACAACAGAGAACAGAGGACAUACUUAAAGUUCUUUACAUUCCACCUUCAAAUAAGGUGGUGAUGCAAGACUUAAUGAAGCUGUUCAGGCAACACUAUCACCAAAACUCAAUGGUUUAUGACCAGAUUGUUCAAGAAGCUGACGUUCACAUAAGAACUGAAAGUGAAACACAGUUCCUGCUGCAGUGCUGCCAAAUUUAUUGUUUGCUGCUUCUUCAGGACCCACCAGUUAAAGCUGAGUGGAGGAUGAACAGAAGGCAUGUAGAUCAUGUGGACAAGAAAGAUGUAAUGCACUGGAAAAAAGUAUCACUUCUGUGGCCCAUAAUGAAAUGUGGGGACGAAAUUAUUGUGAAAGGUGUCGUCUGGGAUCAAAGGAGAAUGACUUGAGAGCUGGGCUAAUUACUUACUUAGCCAGAUGAAGAUGGAACAGCUGUUAUGUAAUACUCUGCUUUUUCUUUCUCCCAUGAAUUAUCUACUUUUCAGAGCUAGUAAGUUAGACAUCCCCCACUUGGGACACCUAGGAUAAAUCAUCAUUAACAAACCUGUAUUGAAAAUUGAAGCUAUUCCAAUUGUCUCUUCACAAAGGCCACCUGCCUGUUAGCACUCCUCUGCUUUCCCACAUCUGUACAAUUCACCUCUCCCAAUGUCCUUCAGCUACACACAUGCCACAGCUCUGGAUCAAAAAACUCUAAAAGCUGUAUUCCGUGGCAUACUGGGGAUGCAAGGAGGCAAAUGCAUGUUUAUGUGAUUUGGUGUGACACAGUAUUCUGUAAGCAACCUGAGAAUUACCAAAUAAAAAAGACUUCAAAUUCUGCUGC